CUGACAGAUCAAUAGAGUUCGUGGGAGGAAGUGGAGAAAUCUCACCUCCUUUUAAUGUAAAUUAAUUAGUGGUUUACAUUAUUUAAAUUUUAAUGUGUCAAGCAAAGAACUGCUCAAUAUUAAAGUGAGGUGUGUCACACAAGAUCUGCUGGUCAGACAGAACAGAAGACUGGACAGUAAGACAUUUUGUGCCAAUCGUCAACUUUUGUCAGUCUUUUUGGUUUGACCAAAUAGAGGUCUAGUACUUAAAAUUGCAGAAUGAAUCGAAGGCACAAGAAGAAUGAUGUGCCAAAGGAGGAAGACAACGUUACCGGAGGAGCAAGAUCUUCGAUUGGACCAUCCUUCUUCUAUGAAGACGAAAUAUUUCGAAUAAAUAAGGUUGGGGAUGUUGAGUUUGGGAUGGUCACCGAGAACUGGGAUAUGUACUCCUCUGAUGAUGAUGAAGAGGAGGAUGGGGGCAGGGCUGAUAACGUUCCUCAUGGAUGUGUAGCUGUCACCUGGCUUCCAAAAUCAAAGGACGAAAUUGUCCAAGAAAAGAAGGUUCAACUGAGUGAUCGAAGUCUUAUGCCUGGCGAUGUCGUUCGACGCCUCAUCGCCGGUAAAGAUACUCAGCGAGGUUACUGUCGAAGUGUUCGAGUCAUGGCAGACGUGCAGGUGCUCGGGACAAAGAAGGUGAUCGUAGGAGUCCCUGCCACUAAUUUGGUGCCCGUGCAGCUUCUCCAACCUGACUUGGCUGUCUACUUGGAUUCUUGGAUUGGAAUCAUUCGUGAUGCAAAAUACAGGUUGAAAUUAAAGUUUGCGGAUGGAACCACCUGCUUCGUGGAUGGGGACACUAUACGAGAUACCUUUGAGGAAAUUCGGAGUAAUUCCGAAUUCCCCGCAUCCGAUGUAUUUUUUCCUGGCCAAAAACUUCGUGGACGUAUGAAACAUUUAAAGGAUGCAGAGUUUACCUAUGCGGCUGAUGAUUUGAAACGAGCCAAGGAUCGUAAGCUUGUGAAUGUUGUGGUCCUUGAUGUCCAACCAACGUUGAUAGCUAUCCAGUGGCAGUGGCAAACUCCUGGGAAUUCUGAUGGGACCGUGGAGCUUAAAACACCUCCAGAAGAUCUCACUGGGGAAGAUAUUAAACGAAUUAAAUGUCUGAAUCUCUUUGAAUCUUGUACGGUGCAAAUUUCGGACGUGAGCUAUUACACGCCCUCGCAAAAGGACACUGUGAUUGAGAAAGGGGAAUGGAACAAGAAGGUAUCUAACAAGCUGCGGAAUGAGUGUAACAAGCAGCGUGGUAGUCCUGUCAAAUUGGAGCAUAGGAGUAUACCAAAGAAAGUAGAUGGUCAACAAAAUGAUGACGAUGAUGAUUCGGAUGCAAAGAACAAUGGCGAAAACGAUGGUGCUGUCACUGGUGAGGACGGAGUCAAAAACAACGAGAAAUCUCAGACUACCACAAAAAAAUUAUUGCCAAAAGUAUGCACCAGAAGUCUCCGAAAGAAAAAGUUAAAGAAAGCCUUGCGCAAGCCCUCCAUGCCAAAAAUUGAGACUGAAACUUUAUCCGUGGUGGAGACAUUGCAUACCCAAUCAGUUGUGGAUGUCGUCUGGCAGGAUGGGACAUACGAGGAGGGAAUGCGUAGUAUAGACUUGUACCCCAUACAUCAUUUAGACGAUCAUGAAUUUUUCCCUGGAGAUUUCGUAGUUUUGUCAGAAUCCAACGAUUUUAAACGAUAUGGCGUCAUCCAGCAAAUGGAUCAUUGUGGACGAGUUGCUCUAGUCAAAUGGUUCGAAACGUACUCUUUCAACGAUGAGCAGAAGCCCAAAUUAUUUGAAGAAACCGAAAUGUCAGUCUACGAUAUAAAGGAUCAUCCCGACUUCCGCUUCCGGCCUGGUACAAUUGUGAUUCGUGUUGCCAAUUGGAUAAGCCAGCAAUGCCCUGCUGGUCAAAUCCUUGAUAACUAUCCGGAUGGUCAAGUGCGCGUCUGGUGGGCUAAUGGGGUAAUGUCUUCAUGUUGGCCACAAGACCUAUUUCGGCUUGGGGAUUAUGAUUCCGAUGAGGGAGAAAUGUGGGACGACCAUCAUCACUUGUCAGACACGGACGACGCCCUUGAGGACGAGGACAACGGAAGCUUCAAUUCGGACUCCUCCUGGGAGACAGAGGACGAGGACGGAGGGGAACACCGGGGAACUAAUAAUGAGGUGGCGGCAGAAGGUGGUGAUGUAGAUCGCUACCUGAACAUUGGAAAACUCAUUGAGCGUAUCCAAACCACUUUGGUGAGCACGAGAGAAGCCAUUGUAGCCUCGUCAAAUGUCAGUAUGCAGGAGGACUCCUCCUCAGAAAAUGUCUGCUCAACCCCGGUUACAAAACUUGGAAAUUUCGACGAAAGAGGAUUGACCAAGAAAUUACUCAUGAUUUACAAAGACUGCCAGUAUUUGGACACAAUAAUGGAAACCAAGUUUUUUGAUGUUGAGGAUCUGAAAAAGUGGCGUUAUGCAAAUGAUAUUUCUGUUUCUGCCACUGCUACCUCGGCACGGUCAUCACGAAUCAUUGAACAAAUAUCUCGACUGUUUUAUGCACCUUUUAAAGGCGAUGACACUUCACAAUCCACUCAAGUUCCUCCCCCUGGAAUUGCUACACCAAUUAGCGAAGUCUCCAACUCGUCAGAAAUUUCUACUACUAUCAUUGCUACUACUACGGCUGUUCCAACAGCAUCACAGGAACAAUUAGCUAAUCCAACUGCUGGGAUCGGGAUGGUUUUAUAUGGUUUGUGUUCAGUCAUCCUUCAAAAGUUGGUUGAGGCUCAUAAAGAGUAUGAAAACCGAUUUGGAAAAUUCAAGCAAAUUCAAGAACAAUUGUUGGAAGGCUUGCACAUCGUUGAUGAGCCCAACGAAUUGGCCAACGAAUUGAGUUUGGUGAGUUUGGACAAAGUCGCUGCAGAUUCUAGUAUUACUACAGAGAAAGUCGCCAAUGGCGAUCAAGUUGAAACUGCUACUACAACUAACACGACCAGUAUUGAUGUGAAAGUCUCGUCAUCAAACUUUUUCAUGAUGGAUAGCGUGCCAGACACCCAUCGCUACAGGCUGACCUCGUUUGCUCCCCAGAAUCAGAGACAAUUCCUCAAGACAGUUCAACGUGAAACGAUGUUGCUUCGCGAAUCUCUGCCGAUUGGUAUCCUCGUGAAAGGGUUUGAAGACAGGAUGGACUUGUACUCUGUGAUGAUUGAAGGGCCAGAGAAAACGCCCUAUGAGGAUGGCCUAUUCUUAUUCGACAUUCACCUCCCACCAGCCUAUCCCUCUGUUCCCCCUCUUGUUCACUACAUUGCCUUUUGCACGGACAGACUAAAUCCCAACUUGUAUGAGGAGGGUAAAGUUUGUGUCUCCCUCCUGGGAACCUGGAACGGCAAAGGGACAGAAGUUUGGACCACUUCUAGCUCUCUGUUGCAGUUGUUGGUAUCCAUUCAAGGUCUAAUUCUUGGGCCGGAGCCGUAUUAUAACGAAGCAGGCUAUGAGAAACAGAAGGGCACCCAGCAAGGAGCUGAAAAUUCCAGAAUGUACAAUGAAAACGUGUUGAUUAAACUUGUCCAGUCAAUGUCUCGAAUGAUAGCAAAUCCUGCAGUCACUUGGAAAUCGGAAUGUCUUCAACAUAUCAAAGCUCAUGGUCCUGGAAUGGUAAAACGAUACAAAAUGUGGUUGGAGCUUAGUGGUUCGGAAACACAAGAAGAUAACAAGACGGAUUGUCCUCCCUUUCCACUUUUCCCGGUGUCAAAAGGAUUUAAAAUAACGCUCUCGAAAUCUAUUUCCUCGUUUGAUAAACUUCUAGCGUCCAUUUCUUAACAUCUCUAGGGUUAGGAGAGAGAUUAACAAAUUCUAUAAUUAGUAUUAAAUUAUUUAAGGGAGACAGGAUUGUCCAGUGCUUGCCGUGUCUUGAUUGUUGUUGUCCUCUUGAUAUGUUUUCAAAAUUUUUUGCGAAAUUGAAUGUCAGAUACUCGAAAAAUAAAGGAUCAGAAAUUACACAGUAAA